AUGAUGGAGAGGUUUCAACAGACUGAGGAGCACCUGCAGGCUUUGCUCAGCAGUACCCCUGAGGCGACGGCCAGUCCACUUCGCCUGUCAGCCAGGGAUUGGUCAGCAUGGCGCAAGCGACUCACACGGCUCUGGUCCCUCAGGUAUCACAAGAUCGGCAGGAAGGGGAAGAUAGAGGUGACCCCCACCAAACAGAUGGGGACAAAGGAGGACCUGAGUGUUGCAUACUCACCGGGCGUUGCUGAGCCAUGCACGUCCAUUAAGAAGGAUGAGAAAUACGUGUUUGAGUACACAGCAAAGGGCCAUCUUGUUGGUGUUGUGACGAAUGGCACUGCUGUUCUGGGUCUGGGCAACAUCGGCCCUUUGGCAGCCAAGCCUGUCAUGGAGGGCAAGGCAGUGCUGUUCAAGAAGUUUGCUGACCUGGAUUCUUUUGACAUCGAAAUUGAUGAGAAGGACCCUGAGAAGUUGGUGGACAUCAUAUGUGCCCUUGAGCCAACGUUCGGGGGCAUCAACCUGGAGGACAUUAAGGCCCCUGAGUGCUUCUAUGUUGAAAAAGAGUGUCAGAGGAGAAUGAACAUACCAGUGUUCCACGACGACCAGCAUGGUACCGCCAUCGUGGCGGGCGCCGGCCUCCUGAACGCCCUUGAACUCAUCGAGAAGGAGAUUGCUGAUGUCAGGGUGGUCGUGUGUGGCGUGGGCGCCGCUGGCUUCACAUGCGCAAAGCACUUCCUGGCCCUUGGUGUGCAGCUCAAGAACAUGCUGGCAGUGGAUGCCGACGGUGUCAUCUACACAGGACGGGAAGAUUUGGUGGAUGGCAAUUACCUGGUCGACUUGGCGGUUGAUACGCCAAAGCGGACACUUGAAGAGGCUAUCCAGGGGGCCGACGUCUUCUUGGGCCUCUCAGUGGGGAACCUCUUGACCGAGGACAUGAUUCGGGCCAUGGCGCACGACCCCGUGGUGUUCGCCUGCGCCAACCCGACUCCUGAGAUCAGCCCGCAGCUGGCGAGGGCGGUGCGCGAUGACGUCAUCAUCGCCACGGGCCGCAGCGACUUCGCAAACCAGAUCAACAACGUGUGCGCAUUCCCCUACAUCUUCCGCGGCGCAUUGGAUUGCCACGCAAGAGCCAUCAACGAGGAGAUGAAGCUUGCAGCGACGCACGCCAUCGCCAGACUGGCAAAGAGCCCUCCGCUCCGGCGGUCGGGCUCCAGCGCGGACUUGGCAUCGCCAACUCUCCUACAGGGCUCCCACAACUUGGAGGAAUGCGUCUUCGGUCGCGAUUACAUAAUCCCCAAGCCCUUCGACGAGCGGCUCAUGGCAGAGGUGGCAACUUCGGUGGUGGAGGCCGCCAUCCUGACGGACGUCGCGCGGGUGUGCGACAUAAACGUACAGGAGUACAGCAAGAGCCUCGCCGACCUGUCGGAGACCAUGAGAAGGACUCAGUGA